AUGCAGCACGGUCGUUACCGCUUCCAAUUCCAACUUGAUCUCUUCCUCAUAAACCCUGAAUCCCACGCCACGCCACGCCCCGAAUCAUCCACCGACCCGACGGAAACACACCCCGCGUGUCUCAUCGGGCAGGCCCGGCGCACCGCCACGGUCGUCCCGCUGCCCGACGUCGGCGUCGUGUUGGCCAACCCGGCGUACCGCGCGCUCUACGAGCGCUCGACCUCGCCCGAGAUCCUCUUCGAGGAGGAGGCGCUCCGGAAGGGCCGCACCUGGAGCGAGGACCUCAUCCUGUACACCGGUGUCGGCUACCUCACGGCCGCCUCGGCGGGCGCCGUCGCGGGGCUCUGCCGCGCGGCCGUCGAGGCGGAGCGCGGCGAGUCCUUGAAGCUGCGCGUCAACCGCGUCCUCAACAACUGCAGCUCCGUGGGACGCUCCCACGGCAACCGUGUCGCCGUGAUGGCGACGCUCUUCUCCGGCUCCAAGUCUGGCGUGAGCCACUGCAGGUCUGGCGCGGACGACUGGAUCAACAGCGCGGCCGCCGGGGUCGGCGCGCUCUACUGCAUGCACCGCGGGCCGCGGGCCGCCAUUGUCGGCGGCAUCGUCGGAGGGAUCAUGGCCGGGGCCGCCUUGCUUGCUUGGAGACCGCUGCUCGAUAAAUUCGCGCGCAAUAAUCUUGGCAUCUAA